UUACAGGUGGGAUGUCUUUUGCUCCAGGAGAUCUGUGGUUGAUUUCAGCACCAAAUGAGGGCUCGCCACAGGAAACGUGGGAUAAAUUGAAUCGGACAACUGGCAGUAUGUCCGUCAACUAUAAAUUCAAUGUUCCCGAUCUGAAAGUCGGGACUUUGGAUCAGUUGGUUGGUUUAUCUGAUGACUUGGCUAAAUUGGAUACUGCUGCAGAACAAGUGACGCGAAAGUUAACGCAGUACUUCGCUGAUGUUCUGGAAGAUGAGCAAGACAAAUUACAGGAAAAUCUUGUCGUUAGUGGUAAGGACGUGAAAACUUAUGUUACUAAGUUCCAAUGGGAAGGUGCAAAAUACCCUCUGAAGCAAUCACUGAAAGUGCUGAGUGAUAUUAUCGGAAAGCAAAUCACCCAGAUUGAUAAUGAUUUGAAGACGAAAUCCACAACCUAUAAUAAUCUCAAGAACAGUCUUGCGUCAAUGGACCGGAAAGCAGCGGGCAGUUUGUUAACGAAAGAUUUGUCAGAAAUCGUGAAGGCUGGUGAUUUUAUCCUUAACUCAGAGUAUCUGCAGACGUUGCUAGUGGUUAUACCAAAAACGUUAGCAAAAGAAUGGCAGCAAAAGUAUGAAACAUUAUCCGAUAUGGUGGUGCCUGGAUCGAGCCGCUUAAUUACCGAAGAUGGUGAGCAAAUGUUGUUUACUGUUACGCUGUUCAAAAAAGUGAUCGAUGAAUAUAAAACACAUUGCAGAGAGAACAAGUUCAUUGUCCGGGAUUUCGUUUACGAUGAAGAAUCAUUGAAAAUAGGUCGCAAUGAGCGUGAUAAACUGGUACAGGAGAAGCAGCGUCAGUAUGCUCCACUUGUUCGAUGGCUGAAAAUCAAUUUUGGCGAGAUUUUCUCUGCCUUUGUUCAUAUAAAAGCACUGCGAGUAUUUGUUGAAAGUGUUCUCAGAUAUGGUCUACCUGUGAAUUUCCAAGCAGCAGUCAUAGAACCAAAUAAGAAUUCGCAUAAGAAAUUGCGAGCAUCACUUCAUAACCUUUAUUUGCAUUUGGAUACAUCUGCUGCUGGUCCCAUUGAGGCUAUCGAAGAUAAUCCAAUACUGAUGUCGUUGGGUAUGCAUGACUACUAUCCAUAUGUUUUUUUCAAGAUAAAUAUCGAUUUCACUAGCAUGAAGAGAUAAGUUCUCAGUAAUAUUUCCAUAAAGGUUCACUUCCAUCCGUUUUUCUCAUUUUUCUGUGAAUAUUUGCCAAGUAAUAUUAGUAGUAGUCGUUCGUUUUAUAUUAUGGAAGUUACAUUCAUAGAAAUUGUAUUAAUUCGAUGAUUCAUAAGAUAAUCAGUAUUGGUGUAGGGUUUAACGUUGUCCAAUUGUAAUAAUAUUAAUGCAUUCCAUUGCUUGAUCGAUGUAGAAAUUCUUCCCACCCUCAAUCCUACAAUAUAUCCAAAGAGCCGCUUCAUACAGUAAUAUAAAUGACCCUCCCUUCUUGCAGAAUCCUUAACCCGAAUGUUUACAACUUGUAUAGCCAUUUUAGUCAAAGACGUUGCUUGUAUCUAAUCACUUAAUUCUUCUGAAAUUUUAACAUUUGUGUCACAUAAAAGGCGAAAUAUUCAAAUAUCCAAAAAUAUCGUGAAAGGAGAAAUGUAUUUUAUCAUGUUUCAUUGAUAGACGUUUUAAGUUUAUUUGUCUUCUAGGAUUUAAUUUGCUUAUGUUUACUUCUGUGAUUCAAAUGGAUGUUUUACUUAUACAAAAGUACUAUUCAUUGCUUAUUAUAGUGCUCGUGCAGUGGGAUAGUUUAUUACAGUGUGAUUAACGUAUUCAGCUUAUGUGUGGUAAAAAGUGGUUAUUAUAAUCAGUAGCUGUGAUAAUUCUGUCAUUUUUUUGCAUUACAUUUUCUUAUUCGCAUCAUGUCUUGUUGCUCAUCAAAAGUGUCAUCGUAAAUAGGCGGAGUCCGAUACCUACAUUUGCGAAUCUUUUUUAUGUGAAUACACUGAGUUUUUGUACCUGUUAUUAACCGUGGGUUAUCAGAAUCAGGAGAUUAAUAGAAUGCGG